AGAAUCUAGUUUCCGCAUACAGAGUUCCAGAAAUUUCCGACUGGUCAUCUCAUCGAUCAUCCGCGAUUCUUUUUUUAGUUUUCGAUGGUGAACAGCCACACCGCUAGCUAGUUGACACAUGUAUGCAGUAGCAAUAUCUUGUUAGCUGAAAAGGAAGCAAGCAGGAAAGCAGCAAGCAGCUUUGUUGCCAAGCUGCUUGGCAGAGAGACAAAGUAAUUGACCAUGGCAAAAGAUCCUCAUGUCUCCAUCUCUCUCACCGGCCUCGCCAUGGUCGUCUUCCUCAUCUUCAGCUCCUCCUUCCUCCAGGCCGCCCAAGGACCAGACAAGAAGAUGGUGAUGAAGUACGACGUGCCGGUGAAGAGGUUGAUGUACCGGCCGGCGGCGAUCGGCACGGAGGCGGCGGCGUACGAGCCGUUCGAGCUGUGCAUGGGCUGCCGGUGCUGCGCGUCGUCGAACGCGAGCAGCUGCGUGGACACCCGGUGCUGCUACGCCAUCGACUGCAACAUCCCCGGCAAGCCCUUCGGCGUCUGCGCCUUCUCCCCCCACACCUGCGACUGUGGCGCCACCAAUUGCACCAGCCAGCAGCCAUGACCACACACCUCUUGCUGCUGCUAAUUCAAUUCGAUCUCUUCCAUGAUCAAUAUGCAUAUGCGCCUGAAUUAUUCAACGGUUUUCUGAUGCGAUUGCAAACGUAUUAAGUUUUUUUUUUCAGAGAUUCUUGGGACUAGAUAUGCUUAAGGAUGUCAUUGUUCCUGACACGGGCAUGUUGAUAUCUGAAUGUUUAACUGCAUAUAGAAUCUUCAGAAAGGGAUUAAUUCUUGAUCUACCAGUUCCACAAACAAUUUAUUCGUGCUUUAAAUCUGGUUUUGCAUUCUCUCUUAUUAGAGAGUUAA